GUGUUAGCAUAUUGUUCGAGGAGCAAGAUUAAGUUUAGUAAUAUGUAUUCAAAUACCGCGCUUGCAGGAAUCUCAAUUCACAAUGAUCACGUUGUGAGAUGGCUUUAAAAUACACUGGAAACAGUAACCCGGAAGUAUGAGCGGCAUACAGCUUGCAGCGCACCUUAGUGUCGAAAACACCAUCCAUAAGCAGUCAAGAGUUUGCAGCGUCCCCUAGUGUAGAAAACAUCGUCCAUUGACAUUUAUCGCCAUCUGGGAAUUUUUCUAGUACAACUCUUGAUUCAACUUCUAACUAAAACUUGAACUGAAAACUAAACUAAAAUAACAAAAUGUGUGCUGAGUUUUAGUUUUCAUGUUUACUCUCAAUCACGUAUUCGUGAAAUAUAAAUAAAUCACUUUUUUGCUAAUUUAUGAUCAAAUAUAAAUUCUGGUGUAAUAACUCAAGUUUUAUUAUAUCCAAAUGUCUUGCAUGUAAAAGACUCAAAUGCAACUUUCGUGGGUGAUAAGGAAAAAUAUGCUGUCAAGUCAUGUCAUGACCGUGUUAGUUGUAAUUUUACUAUCUUAGCGAACAUUUUACGGUGCUAUAUGUGAAUAGAAAUAUAGCACUCACAUCAUUGUUGACUUUUUAAGUUUUACUUUAAUCCUCAAUGUUCGGAAGUUUAUUUGAUGACGAAAGGCCGGCUGGUGUGAUGAGUAUCGUUCACACAUUUAAAGUCCCAGCUCCCCCGAACCGGCGACUCAGUUGCGGAUUAAGUGGCAUAGAAAAUCAAGGUGCUACUUGUUACCUUAACUCCUUGCUUCAAACAUUAGUGUAUACACCCGAAUUUAGAGAGGGUCUUUUUGGAAUUCCGGAAGCUGAACUUGGCUCAUUAGAAAAUCGAGAGAAAACCAAAGUUAGAAUUAUACCACUUCAACUUCAGAGACUAUUUACUAGACUCCUGUUGGUUGACCAACAAGCAGCUUCAACUAAUGAGUUAACUGAAAGCUUUGGUUGGAAUAACAGUGAGGGACUUCAACAGCACGAUGUCCAAGAGCUUAAUCGAAUUCUUUUUCACGCAAUUGAUUCCUCUUUAGUUGGCACUUCUGGCAAAGAUUUAAUUCAUCAGCUCUACCAUGGAUCAACUAUGACUGAGAUUGUGUGUUCUAUAUGUGGGCACAUUAGUGAAAGAGAGGAAGAUUUUCUUGAUUUAAAUGUAAUUGUUGCCAAUUUUAAUAAUUUACAAGAUAGUUUAAAAGCUACUUUUCUUCAAGCAGAAGCCAUGAAAGGUAAAAAUCAAUACCGUUGUUAUACAUGUUGUAACCUGGUGGAUGCAACUAAGGGGAUAAAAAUUCAUAGUUUGCCACCCAUCUUAACAUUAUCAUUGCUACGCUUUAGCUAUGACGUUGUGAAAGGCGAACGAUUUAAGGAAACUGGCAAGUGUACAUUUCCAUUUGAGCUAAAUAUGUCUCCCUACUGCAACAAGGAGAUAAAAGCAGAAGAUACUGUGUAUGAAUUGUUUUCCGUUCUGAUUCACAGUGGCUGCAGCUCAGGUGGACACUACCAUGCCUACAUUAGGGAUGUCGACUCUUUGGGAAAAUGGCUUCCACCUGAUGAAGAUUCAUCAUCUGGAAGGGAAAGUAAUGAUGUGCAUCAAGAUCCUGUUUCACUCAUAAAAUCUAUAUUAAUAGAGAACCCUGACCACUGUCUUCCUAUUGAAUUUCUAUGCGGAGAAAUAACUAAACAGGCUGGAGUGAGUUGGAACAAAAAGUAUAAAAGUACGCAUGGUAUGAUAGCCAAGUUUGUACAGAAGCGCAGUGAAGUGUUUCACUACGAUACUGGAUCCAAUACUGUAUUCCUCAAAGCAGAUACUUUUGACAGUCCAAUGCCAAUGGAUGCAGCAAGUAGUGCGGACAACAUUCUGGACAGUCCAAAGGAAACCAAAAAGUAUGCGGUCAUGAACUCCCUGAGGUUUAAAUAUUUUGAUAAAAAAAAGCUGGUUCCAUCCACAUCUCCCUUCACCCAUCAUAAUUGGUUUGACUUUAAUGAUUCCAGAGUAAGUCCUAUUAGUGUAAAAGAUAUAGAAAAACAAUUUGCUGGUAAAGAAAGUGCUUACAUGUUAUUCUAUAGAAGAAAAUCCUUACUGAGGACAGAAGAAGCUAAGGGUAACCCAAGAUAUAAAAUGUCAGAAAAACUUCUUAAAUUAGCCGAAGAAGAAAAUGCAGAGCUUGAAAAAAUGAGAGAAGAAUAUGAGACUGCUUUGAACAUGGUGAACCUCCAAGUGCACUUAGGAAACAAUUACAUAUGCUCUAAUGGUGUGUUGGAACCAAAACCAGGGGAAAUACCCUACAUUGAUUUAGCUAUCGACAAGAGAAAAAUACUGCUGGAUUUAAGAAACUGUAUAUCAAAGUUAACCUCAAGCCUUUUUCCUAAUCAAGACUUUGUAUUCCAUAUGGCUCGUGAAGUUCCUGCAGGAUUACAUCUAUAUGAAGAACUGCCUGAAUGUGAGACUUUUUUGCUCUAAAUAAUUCUUUCAUAUAAAUUGAUAGCAACACUACACGUUUAUUAUUACUAAGUAAUAUUUCAAGGUAUUACUUUGAAAUGCAUAAAAUUUUCUUAUAUAGUGCAUAAAAUCAAAUCUCCUGAGUGGCAAUCUGCUUUCCGUUUAGUCUUAAUAAACAUAGAAUAACAAUUUUGUUUAAUUGAAGCUUAAUGUUUUAACUUAGGAACUUCCAAAUAACUUAGAAAAUUUCUGGAAAAAAAGAACUUUUUGAAGAAGCAGAAAGUGGUUGAUGAACAGACUGAUUUGCAAAACAAUAACAGAGUAAAUACUUAUUUAGACUAAAUUAAAUGUUUUAAGUGUGUUUCCUUAGUAAAAAAGGAUAAAACUGUAGCUGAGAAACAGUAGGAAUAUUGGAAACUUGUUUUUUUCUGCCCCACAAACAAAAGGUUUAAAUUUGAAAUAAUGAGCAACGCAAUAUAUUUUUAUGUAAAUGAUUGAAUAGAUUCUUUUAGAAGUAUUUAUUCUGAGCUAAUACUUAUUUGUCUUCUCCUGACAUAUUUUUGCUAUGAGAAAAGAUAACAAUUUAAAAUCUAAAUCAAUUUUUGAACUUGAUUUUUCACUGCCAAAUUGCUCUGUUCAGAAUGUCUGAAAAAUAACAAUAUUUGAAAAUAUAUUUAUAACACUGUAUUGUCUUAUUUCAUUAAUGUAUAAAGCUUCAGAAAAGUAUGCCACCCAAUAGAACACUAGUAUAACUGUUUAAUUGUCCAUCAAAAUUUUCCAUAUUUUACUAAUCCCGUCUAUGUAAAACGCAUUCUAAUUGAAUAAUUCGUGUAUAUAUGAAAGGGUAGCAGUCAUGGUGAGUGUUGUUAGGCAAUGCAGAUAGCAGUUGGAAGGCAAAAAAUAUUUUAUUAGCUCUACAUAGUAUAUUUAAGACAUUUUUUAGCAAAGGCGGAGCUCAAAUUCGCACUUCAAAACUGUGUGCUUAAUUUUUAUCUUAGGGAAAGUAGCAAAGGAAUUUCCCUCUAUUUUGUUACAUUUGAGGGGAAAAGGGAAGUCCCAAGGAUUACUAUUGGUUUAAAAACUAGCUCAAGUGAUUCCGACGUAGUUUAAAGGGGAAGAAUGUUUUUAUUUAAAUUUAUGCAUACUUUGGCUAAAAAUAGAUUUGGAAACAGGAUGUGGCUUUUAAAAGUGUGAGAAAGCAGUUCGACUUGAAUAAUUAAUUAGUAAUAAAUUAGGAGUUGUGUUAUAACGAAGAAACUAACAUAAAAAGAUUAAUAUAAGCUUUUUAUGUUAGAUCCCCCCUCGCCGAAAAAGUUUAACUAACAUCAAAAAAUUUUGAAAUUAUUCUUUGCAAAACUUUCCUUAUGAUGACACAAUUAAAAUAAUAAUAAUAUUUGUAAUAUCAACAAGAUAUAAAGUAACAUGAAUUAUAAAAAAAAAAACACAUUUGCACACAA